UCGGAUACCCAGCCUAUCGUCAAACUUUCCGGGUGCCAGCCCGUCUCUGAGUCGCAUUUCUGAGCGAGUGUCCCAGGGACGGAGCACCCAGGCUGCCUGCCGACAAUCCGUUUCUCUCGGGAUCCGCGAAGCUUCUUUUUUAGAGAGUACUUUCCCUGGAACCAGAGCCCUAACCGUCCCUCCCCACCCUAUCUGGCGAAGAGCUGAGCGCUGCCUGCGGAGGCAGCGCCUUCCCGAAACAGUUUAUCUUUGGACAAAUUUAAGAGAAAAAGAAACCAACAGGUUGCCAGGCGCGGCGCCACACACAAGUCGGCGGAAAGGCCGGCCCGGUUUCCCCUGGCUGCGUGGGCCCCGCGCGGGCUGCGGCAGGCAAAGCGAGGGGAGGGAGGGGGCUAUGGCUCGGCCUGACCCGUCCGCACCGCCCUCGCUGCUGCUGCUGCUCCUGGCGCAGCUGGCCGGCCGGGCGGCGGCUGCCUCCAAGGCCCCCGUGUGCCAGGAAAUCACAGUGCCCAUGUGCCGCGGCAUCGGCUACAACCUGACGCACAUGCCCAACCAGUUCAACCACGACACGCAGGACGAGGCUGGCCUGGAGGUGCACCAGUUCUGGCCGCUGGUGGAGAUCCACUGCUCUCCGGACCUGCGCUUCUUCCUGUGCUCCAUGUAUACGCCCAUCUGCCUGCCCGACUACCACAAGCCGUUGCCGCCCUGCCGCUCGGUGUGCGAGCGCGCCAAGGCCGGCUGCUCGCCGCUCAUGCGGCAGUACGGCUUUGCCUGGCCGGAGCGCAUGAGCUGCGACCGCCUCCCGGUGCUGGGCCGCGACGCCGAGGUCCUGUGCAUGGAUUACAACCGCAGCGAGGCCACCACGGCGCCCCCCAGGCCCUUCCCGGCCAAACCCACCCUCCCGGGCCCAGCGGGGGCCCCGGCCUCCGGGGGCGAGUGCGCCGCCGGGGGCCCAUCGGUGUGCAAGUGCCGCGAGCCCUUCGUGCCCAUCCUGAAGGAGUCGCACCCGCUCUACAACAAGGUGCGCACGGGCCAGGUGCCCAACUGCGCGGUGCCCUGCUACCAGCCCUCCUUCAGCCCGGACGAGCGCACGUUCGCCACCUUCUGGAUUGGCCUGUGGUCUGUGCUGUGCUUCAUCUCCACCUCCACCACGGUGGCCACCUUCCUGAUAGACAUGGAACGCUUUCGCUACCCUGAGCGCCCCAUCAUCUUCCUGUCCGCCUGCUACUUGUGCGUGUCGCUGGGCUUCUUGGUGCGCCUGGUGGUGGGCCAUGCCAGCGUCGCCUGCAGCCGCGAGCACAGCCACAUUCACUACGAGACGACAGGCCCUGCGCUGUGCACUGUCGUCUUCCUGCUAGUCUACUUCUUCGGGAUGGCCAGCUCCAUCUGGUGGGUCAUCCUGUCGCUCACCUGGUUCUUGGCAGCUGGAAUGAAGUGGGGCAACGAGGCCAUCGCGGGCUAUGCACAGUACUUCCACCUGGCCGCGUGGCUCAUCCCCAGCGUCAAGUCCAUCACAGCGCUGGCACUGAGCUCCGUGGACGGGGACCCGGUGGCCGGCAUCUGCUACGUGGGCAACCAGAACCUGAACUCGCUCCGCGGCUUCGUGCUGGGCCCCCUGGUGCUCUACCUGCUGGUGGGCACCCUCUUCCUCCUGGCGGGUUUCGUGUCGCUCUUCCGCAUCCGUAGCGUCAUCAAGCAGGGCGGCACCAAGACGGACAAGCUGGAGAAGCUGAUGAUCCGCAUCGGUAUCUUCACGCUGCUCUAUACGGUGCCGGCCAGCAUCGUGGUGGCCUGCUACCUGUACGAGCAGCACUAUCGCGAGAGCUGGGAGGCUGCGCUCACCUGCGCGUGCCCAGGCCCCGACGCCGGCCAGCCGCGCGCUAAGCCCGAGUACUGGGUGCUCAUGCUCAAGUACUUCAUGUGCCUCGUGGUGGGCAUCACGUCGGGCGUCUGGAUUUGGUCCGGCAAGACUGUGGAGUCGUGGCGGCGCUUCACGAGUCGCUGCUGCUGCCGCCCGCGGCGGGGCCACAAGAACGGCGGCGCGACGGCCGCCGGGGACUAUGAGGCGAGCGCAGCGCUCACGGGCAGGACCGGGCCGCCGGGCCCCCCCCCAGCCGCCGCCGCGGCCGCCGCCUACCACAAGCAGGUGUCCCUGUCUCACGUGUAGGAGGCCGAGGCCCAGAAGGGCCGGGAGUUGGGGGGUUGGGGGUUGUUUUGUUUGGUAGCUUUGCCAAGUUCACUUCCGUUUACCUUCAUGGUGCUGAUGCCCCCUCCUGGGGCAACCUGGAGAGAGGGGAAAGGGGCCCUUUCAAGGGAGCACCUGUCCCAGGACUUCUCAAAGGGGCUCAGCUCACGUGUAUUCUAUUUUGCGUUUCUUACUACCUUUUUUUUUUUAGGGGAACCCUGUUUUUAAUUUAUAUGUAGUUUUCUUAAUUUUAAACUUUGUUGCAUUUUGGCAACAAAAUUUACCUUUGCUUUGGGGGCUUUACAAUCCUAAGGUUGGCAUUUAUAAUGAAGUUCCGCUUGGUUCAGGUUUCUUUGAACUGUGUGGUCUAAAUUGGGAAAAUAUAUUUCCUAUACUUGUGUCUUUAAAAAAAAUGUGAACAGUGAAAGUUUAGGUUUCUAUGACUGGGAAGCGGUUGGGUGUGCUUUCUCAGCUUGUUUUCUCCUUUCAUUGCUUAAAGUGUCCAAGAUGCUUUAAGGUGAGCUGCUUGUCUCUGUUUAUAGUCCCUAAGUUAGGGGAAACCCCAAUCCAUGCCAAGGAGGGGGAGCAUAAUGUGGUUAGGGCCUCCCCAAAGUGACAAGGUUAGAGAGUGUUUAACGAUUUUGUGUGCCAUCCUAGCUUUGUUUAUUUAUCGAGCUUCGGUUUCAUUUCUGUAGUGCUUGUAAUCAUUCUUAUUCUUAACAGCACCCAGUGUUGUCUUGAAUAAGUUAGAGGUGGCCUUAUAGAGUGCCGGUAUAAAUAUUUGGAAAAGUGAAAACCUAAGGGAUGGUGAUUGGUUGAGUUCUAGACUGGUAAAAUGGCAGCUUUGUGCCCCAGAAGGAGUGGGUGGUUCUUAAUAGGCUUCAGUGAUCCCAAUUUUUUUUUAAAAAAGAAUUUGUGUUCUGAUUUUGGUAAAAUUAAACCCCCACUCCCUUCUUCUGGAAGUACUUAGAGAUAGUUGUUAAAGGGGCUGCUUUUUAGUUGUAAGGACUAAAAUGGAUAUACCUCCCGUAAUUAAGUAAAUUUCCAACACUUCUCUUAUCUGCUCCACCCCCAUCCCACCUCCUUUAUCAUGUUAAACAGUCUUUUUGCUUUUCUUAUUCCUCCUCUCCUGGAGAGCUGUGAUUAAGAAACCACACCCACCCUUGAAUGGGGUGCUUGAACUGGGGGGAGGGAGGCUGGCUACCUGUGAACAAACAUUGGCAGCAAUGAGGGAAAAUAAGUGUCCCUGGACUUUGGACUAAUUUAAUAGCCAGAUAUUCCCAAAGCAGCAAAACAUGGCUUUCUGCAGUCACUCAAAACAAAUGACACCCAUAAUACACUUGCGUAAGCUUUUAAAAUAUGGAUCAGGGUCCUGCUACUGCAGGAGGAAAGCUGUUCUCUCUCCCCCACGUCAAUUUGUUUCUCUCUCUCUCUCUCUCUUUUUUUUUUUUCUGAGAAAGCACACACUUUUUUUCUGAUGAGCACACACUUGCAUGCAUCCACAUGCAAAUACACAUGCACUUUGCUAUUAGAGAAUUCUGUUUGCGUUCCUAAAUCUGUUUAACCAUUCAUAUAUGAAAGCCUAUAUAUGAAAACACACACACGCGCGCACACACGCGCACACACACACACACACACACACACACACACACACGAGUUUCUUUACUAUUAAAGAAUUCUGUUUGCUUUUCUAAUCUGUUUAACUGUUCCUUCAUGAAGAGUGUGAGGCCACAGCUUGGGGAAGGAGGUGAUAGUGCAUUGGCCAGCAAAACACCAGUAACCAGGGUUGAGUGGGGACUACAUUUAGGAAGCUAAAACGGCAAAAAAACAAUUAAAAUUUUAGAAUGGUUCCCUAGGAAAAUGUCGAGUCUAGGCAUUUGUCCCUCAUUUAUACCAAAGUUGGAAAAGUAAGAUUUAAAUCCAGGUCAGUUUUCACUUCAUGGGUAUUAAGGAAAGAAAUGCAUAGUUCCCAUAGUGAAUUGAAACACUUCGCUGCAGGGAGAAGCCUAGUAUUGUAGUUUUGCAGACUGUCAAAAGCUUUUGUGUUUAUAAAAAUGCACAAGUUAAAAUUUCAGUAGAUUCAACAAAACUUAGUACAUAGAGCUACAGAACUUUUUGCACAUCUUAUUCCUGCCCUUAUUCAGAAGCUGCUUUUUAGAACCUUGGAGUAGAUUCCCUGUCUGAGGGCCAAUUUCUUCUGUUUUUCGUCAGAUGAGGACCUUUUGUGAUCACCUUGACUUCUUCCCUCAUUUCGUGUGUCUUCCCAGAAAGUACAUAGAUUGUUCUGCUGCCUUCAGUCAUUGUGCUUAAUUUGCCUUUGUCCCCCUUACUUCUUUUUCUUUGUGGAGGAAUCCAGAUAUGAUGCACAACAUAUCUAAAAGUUGUGGCAUGAAAUGGAUGAAGGUGGAUUAAUUCUUCAUUUUAAAAAAAUUCUUUUUUCAUUUUGGCAACAUGCCAAGCCUAAAAGAACAACCAAUUUACUUUAAAAACAAAAAAACAAGGCUGCUGACAAAGGAUACUCAGCCAAGGAGAGGCAAUAUAGGUAAUGCCUUUUGGGGUCUAGUUGCAGAACUAACUUUCAGAGGUGUCCCUUUGUUUUCAGUCUGUGUUCUCACCCAUUACCCUUCCUCUCCCUUCCCUCAAAGAUAAAUUACCACCUGCUUCCCUCAAGUCUUACUCCUGUCAACCACCCCACCCUACCCAGGAGAGAGAGGUUGGAUCUACUUAUGGUCACCCUCUACUUCCAUCUCACACACUGUUUUCCCCUGAUUUGUAUUUUUAUUAUGCAAACAAUCCAUACUCAUGAAAACAAAUAAAAGGAAAGGUUGUGUUUGUGUUGGGGUGGGGGGGAGUCUAGCAACUUCUUCACAGAUAGCUUUGUGAAGUUGGAGAGGAUUUAUGGUUCAGUUUAAUGUCACAUGCCCCUUUCACGGUUCAGUUUUGAGCAUUGUCUCACUUCGUAGAAGAUUUAGAAGGUUGUCUAAAGGAACUAAUGUGACCUCUUAGUGAAUCAGUUGGCCAGACUUUAGGAAGGCUCUUUAACUUAUAUUAUUUCCCUCCUCACAUUUUGAUGUUGUCUAAAUUGGCUGAAAAUAAUUUUUCUUGGUGCCUUAUUGGUUUAUCUUUGCAAACCUUUGUCAUCUUUCCACAUGACCGUUCCCAGUGACAGGCCUGUGUGUGUGUGUGUGUGUGUGUGUGUGUGGUGUGUAAUUGUACGCAUGUACAAGCUUAAAUAAUGUGCCAACAGCACUGUUUCCAAGUUGGUAUUCAUUAGGCUGUUUCCUCCUGGGCCAGGGCUGCACUAAUCCUGACACAGGCUGCCGGGAGAAAACCUCAUGGAUCCCACACUGAACCUUAAUAACAGCAUCCGUGACCUGCACUCUCAAGUACAGAAUGGGAACCCCAGAGCUAGGAAAUGUAGUUGUAUAUUUUAAUGAACUGCUAUCCCUGCUAAAGAGGCUUUUUUCACUUUUGUGCUCUACAGAAAGACCAAGGGGGGUAGGAGAGACAAAGCUUUGAAUAACUGCUUUCUAACACCAAAUGUGGCAAACAGGACAGAGAACAUCACAAAUCUAGGCAGGUGUGAGGUACAGUGGCUGAGAAUUGCCUGCUCCCUCUCUCUGCAUGCCCUUUCUUGCCUCCCAAGUCCAAUCAAGUGAUCCUGGGAAGAAAAUAUGCCUGGAGUGGGGGGAGGGUGAUUCUGAGGGGAAAAAAGCUACCAAGACAUUAAAGCUGGGCAAAGGGUGGGCAGGAUGGAAGUAACUAAGUAACCUGACUCAGAACCCUCAAAACCUUCUAGCAGCUCAGUGACAAUUACAGGAUUUAUUUCAGCCAGGAUAAUGUCUGUGGUACAUCAUUUUGAGACAAUAUUACUUCAUGUUGUUACAAACUGUAUGUAUAGUAUGUGUGUGUUGUGGGUGUGUAUAUACAUAAUAUAUAUUAUAUAUAUGAGAGAUUUAGUGACUUUUGAUACGGGUUUGGUGCAGGUGAAUUUAUUACUGAGCCAAAUGAGGCACAUACCGAGUCAGUAGUUGGAGUCCAGGGCAUUCAGUACUUUCUGAUGUUCAUAUAUGUAUAGUGCCUGUCACGCAGCAUCCUCACUGUCGUGUCAAAUCCAGAACUCACAGAUCAGAGCCAGCGAUAUUUUAUUUGUAGACAAUCAACUUGAAUCUAUAAAUUAUUAUUGGCAGAUGAUUAUAAUUCUGAAUCUGUAACAUUAACAAAAGGAAACCCAGAGCAUUUUGAUAGAAGUUUUUGUUUCUUGUCUUGUUCCUGGAAGUCCAUAGAACAGCAGUCGUAUGUGGUUAUGUUAGUCUCAAGAUACUUAAUUUGCUGACCUUAUUAUUUCAGAAAAGAUUUUGUAUGUAUUAUAUUUGUGGGAAGGUAAAAUAAUGGUUUGAAAUUUUUAUCAAAUAUGGAGAGUAGUUAUUUAUGAAAAACAAAGAAAUGUCUAUUUUUGUUUCUUUGUUCCCAAUUGAUGUAGAUAAAUUUUAAAGUGCAUUAAAGCAAUGGUAAAGAAAAUAAAAAGAUGCUGUACACGUCUUUUUCUCCUUAGGCUUUUAUGGAGACACACACUUCUUCCUAAGAGUACCUAAGGAGAUGGGUGGAUUCUGACUUCAUAAUCAGAUUUCUCAGAUGUACUUAAAGCGGCAAUGUUUUUAUUAAUAUGAAAAUCAAGCAAAUUCCAAUCACCAGAAGCAAAACUAAUGGACACAUGUUUUACUUGAAUAUACUUCAUAGGUUUCUCCUGCCGAUCCUGUGAUUGUAUCAUUGAUUCACUUGAAGAAAUGAAGGGAAAUACACGUAAGACCAGAGACAUUGCCUGC